CGGUCCUCCCCAUCCAUUCCCUUUCUUGUCAUUCCCUGCAAUCUGCCCCCAUUCCCCCCCCAUUUUUUUUUUUUAGCUCACUCUUCUUCUCAUGCAUCAGCUAUCACUCUGAGGUUUGGGGAGGGUCCCAGUCCCAGUUUGGGACAGCAAGAAGCCAAGCGAGCUUUGAUAAAUGGAAAAGUGGGGAUUUUAAUUUUUUUUUAUUAUUCUAACCAGGAUAUCUAACAUCAAGCCGUGUUUUUUUUUCCUUGGAUUACUUUUAAUACUUUUUCAUAAUAAGCUGGAACUGGGACAGGACUGCGUGCAAUACUGACAUGGCUCCUGUGUAGACAACCACUCCAGUGAUGGCUCGGAGUUUCGUCGACAGCUGUCCAUCGUAGGACUCAAAGGCCGCCGAGUGCCAACAAAGACGUUUCUUAUCCAUCCAGUGUCACUCCACCACAAGCCACGGCAACCUUCUCUCCGAGAGGACAUCCCCAAAGCUGUACAAGGGAAAUGGCAAGUCACAGAGACCCUCGUUUUCUGCACAACCUGUCCUACCAUCCUCGAUGGCAGCAGGACUGCUUAAAACUGAGAAGAAAAAGACACCUAUGGACUAAUAAUGGCGGGGAUUGUAGUCUCUUUAAUUCCUUGUUCAUGCCACCAGCGUUGUUAAAACCACAGUUGCCAUUGUCCCCAGUGCAGCAUUUUAAGAGCAGGCAGGUGAGCUGGCUUCUAAUACCCUUAUUGCUAAUCUUAUCCCUACCAUGUCAAGCCUGGGCAACCACCUUCAAGGUGGCCCUGGUUGGACCCUGGACUUGUGACCUCUUAUACUCCAAAGCCCUUCCGGACUUGGCUGCACGCCUCGCCGUAGCACGCAUCAACAAGGACCCCUACCUCAACAAAGGCUACUGGUACGACUACACGCUGAUCAAUGAGGACUGCAAGUCAUCCCGCGCCCUUGCCCGCUUCGCUGAACUUGAAGGCUAUGGUGCGGCGUUCCUGGGACCGGCCAACCCGGCAUACUGUACCUCAGCUGCUUUGUACGCUAAAGAAUGGGAUGUUGGGAUUCUGUCCUGGAGUUGCCUGAAGCCAAACAUGAGAGAAGGAGGGGUGUAUCCCACUUUCCUACGACCACAGCCGUUGUCCUCACAUGUUCUUUUCACAGUGCUGCGCUACUUCCGCUGGGCCCACGUGGCCAUCAUCUCAGAGGACAGUGACAUCUGGGAGGCUACAGGACAUGAGCUGGCAUCAUCUCUGAGGGCUUUGGGCUUGCCUGUCAAGCCUGUGGCGACCAUGGGGGCGGACAGCGAUGGUCCGAGGAGAGCGUUGACAAAAAUAAAGGACACAGAUCGGGUUAGAGUGGUCAUCAUGUGCAUGCCUUCUGUCCUGAUUGGUGGCCAAGCCCAGUACAAACUUCUGACUACAGCUUUGGCCAUGCGACUGAUCGACCGCGGCUACGUGUUCAUCCCGUACGAUACCCUGCUCUACUCGCUUCCAUACAACAACGCCUUCUACUACGCCCUCGGCAAUGACACCAGGCUCAGGAAAGCUUACGACGGGGUGCUGACCAUCACCAUGGACUCUGGAGAACGUAAUUUCCAUCAGGCUUUCAAAGACGCUCAGGACAAUUAUGAAAUUCACAGCACCUCCUCACCAGAGAACGUUUCUCCGUUCUUUGGCACCAUCUACAAUAUGAUGUACUACAUAGCCAUGGCCGUUGAACAUGCCCGCGCGAAAAGCGGCCGCUGGGUCACCGGGGAGAUCCUCAGCAGCAACGAGGGAGGCUUUGAAUUUGAGGGCUUCAAUCAGUACUUGAGGGCAGGUAGAAACGGGGAAGGCAUGCAAGGUCGUUACGUGGUUCUGGACUACAGCGGCAUGGGCAACACCCUCUACUCCACUCAUCUUCUGGAGGCUGCACACACAGACGGCAAAAUGGGAAGCUUGAAAUAUCUUGGCAGAUCCAUCCAUUUUGCAGGAAGCACUCCUUAUAAGGACUCCAGUUGUUGGUUCAGUUCUUAUUUUGCCUGCACUGGAGGAAUGGACUCGGCUUCUCUUUUCCUUCUUUUUCUCGUUUUCUCUAUGGUGGUUGGGGGUGCUGUAAACAUCUUCAUACAUUUCAAGAGGAGCGGCAGAGUUGGAUUUACCUUUGGAGGUGGUGGCACAUCCACCAAAGUGGUCCUGACUCUGGAUGACUUGGUCUUCAUCAACACACAAAUCAGCAAACGGAAGCUGAAUGACGAGAGCAUCCUGAAAAGUCAACUGGACAUGAAGACGCCCCAUCACUCAGUGUCUGGUCGCAGUUACAUGGCGUCCACACCAGACAGCUCCAAUGUUGCUGUGUUUGAGGGGGAUUGGGUUUGGUUGAAGAAAGGCCCACCUGGAGCCGUAUCAUGCGUCAGUGGCAGCACCGAGUCAGUCUUCACCAAGCUCAGAGACAUGAGGCAUGAGAACCUCAAUCUAUUCCUGGGACUGUUCUUUGACUCUGGAAUCUUCGGGGUGGUGACGGAACACUGCUCCAGAGGGAGCUUGGAGGACCUACUCACCAACGAGGAUGUGCGUCUUGACUGGAUGUUCAAGUCGUCCCUGCUGAUGGAUCUCAUCCGGGGCAUGAAGUACCUACACAACCGUGGCAUCAUACACGGACGUCUCAAAUCCAGAAACUGCGUGGUGGACGGUCGCUUUGUGCUGAAGGUGACUGAUUAUGGCUUCAAUGAAAUUCUGCUUGCCCAAAACAUCAACGUAGAUUCGGAAAAGCCUGAAGAUCUGUUCUGGACCGCUCCUGAGCUACUGCGAAAUUCAACCAUGAGGAAAAGGGGCACCUUUCAAGGAGAUGUCUACAGUUUUUCCAUCAUUGCGCAAGAGAUUAUUUCCCGCUCUGCACCUUUCUGUAUGAUGGACAUGCCACCCAAAGAGAUUAUCAGCAAGGUCAAAGAGCCCCCUCCUUUGUGUCGGCCCACUGUAUCUGUGGAUGAGGCCCCACUGGAUGUCAUCCAGAUCAUGAAGCAGGCCUGGAGCGAAGAACCUGACAAGAGGCCCACAUUUCAAGACAUUUUUAAACAGUUUAAAAGCAUCUCCAAAGGCAAGAAAACCAAUAUUAUCGACUCAAUGCUGCGCAUGUUAGAGCAAUAUUCUUCCAACUUGGAGGAUCUGAUCAGGGAGAGGACAGAGGAGUUGGAGGUAGAGAGACAAAAGACGGACGCCCUGGUGGCUCAGAUGUUGCCCAAGUCUGUGGCCCAGGCAUUGAAGACAGGCAAGCCGGUGAAACCUGAACACUUCAAUGAAGUCACUCUGUACUUCAGCGACAUUGUUGGCUUCACCACCAUCUCAGCUCUCAGCGAGCCCAUCGAGGUGGUCGACCUGCUCAACGACCUCUACACGCUUUUUGAUGCCAUCAUCGGGUUGCAUGACGUGUACAAGGUGGAAACUAUUGGCGAUGCAUACAUGGUAGCCUCGGGGGUUCCCAACAGGAAUGGAAAUCGUCAUGCCGCUGAGAUGGCCAACAUGUCUCUUGACAUCCUGCACUGCAUUGGCACCUUUAAGAUGAGACACAUGCCUGAACUAAAAGUCAGGAUCCGCAUCGGCUUGCACUCCGGCCCAGUGGUAGCAGGAGUAGUGGGCCUCACGAUGCCUCGGUACUGCCUCUUUGGAGACACAGUCAACACAGCAUCUCGAAUGGAGUCCACCGGGUUGCCUUACAGAAUACACGUCAACCGGAGCACAGUCGAUGUCCUAAACGGCUUGAAUCUGGGAUACAAAAUUGAUGUUCGAGGUCUCACAGAGUUAAAGGGAAAAGGUAUUGAGCACACAUACUGGCUGGUUGGAAGGGAAGAUUUCAAGAAGCCACUACCCAUCCCUCCAGACAUGCAAGGGGGAAGUAAUCAUGGCAUCGGUUUAGAUGAGAUUCCUCCUGACAGACGACAAAAGUUCCUGGAUCGACAAAAGAAAAUGGGCUAGGCGGGUUGCUACUACGAUUAGUGGGACUUGUUUGGAUUUGCCAAAAAAAGACUUCCUGUUUGAAAAAUGACUUGAAAAGGUACAACUGCCCAUGUUUCUUCUAUUCUAUACUAUUUCUUUGUACAAAUAGACUUGACAUAAUAUUACAAUAUGUCAUGUUAUGGUCUAAAAAGUAUGUGCAGUUAGAGGGAGGGGCUGAUGUAAUACUGGUGUGUAUAAUCUUAAUUUAUAGUAAGACAAUAUUCUAUGAACACUCCAAGAUUAUUCAUAGUGACUCCUCAUCUAUGGAAAAACAUUUUCACAAGACAAUUAUUAUUUUUCAUAUCAGUGAAGUAUGAGCUAUUAGGUUUCAAUAAAAUAGGAUAUAUGUUGGUCUGCUUCAUUGAUCACCAUGAUCGUAAAGUUAGCAUCAUACUCCUCUGUUGACCUUUUAGACACUUUCUUUUCCCAGCAUAUGUCUCUCAAGGUCACUGGUGUAUGUGAGCGACAGGAAGAAAAGCGCUGACUUGCUUGUGAAGAAGUCAUUUGGCACCACCUGCUGGUUUGCAUGGUGUGAAGGGGGGGGGGGAUUAUUUUUGCAUUUAAACAUGUCACUACCUAUAGGGAGACUUUAAAAGCAACAGGACUGCUUGAUGCGUUUCAUUCAAAUUUGUUCAAAAAUUCAAUUUUCUAAAAUGUUGGUUCAGCAUGUUUCUAAAUUCAUGUGUAUAUUGAUUUUCAUGACAUCCAAACAAUCUUGCAGAAGGCAAAUUCUACAUAUUUUGACGAGCUGAUGAUGAUCACGCUGUCUUUUGUCUGGGAACAUGUACUGUAUAUACUGUAAAUGUGUACGUGCUACACAUAUGGGCGCUGAUGCUGUAUUUCAAAGAGGUAAACGCAGCAUUACACAUCCACAUGAAUGUGAAAGAUGUAUCUUAUAAAUAGUUAUAUAGCAUUCUUCUUUUUUCUGUUUUUUUUUAGGCAUUUAAUAUUUUUUUGCCAAAAACAGUAGUGGUCUGUAUAUUCAACAUUUUGAAUGUAAACUUAAUUGUGUUUAUUUAAAUAAAUUGUGAGAAAGAAUGAUA